AUGUACACUGUCAAGACUUUGCUUGCCACUCUUCUCAUCUCUGCCGUGUUUGUUGCUGCCCAACAGGGUGGCCAAGGAACCGAACCCGCUAACGGCGGCGGUAAUAAUGGUGGUGGUGGUGCUUCAGAAACUGAUCCUUUCCUUCAACCGUCCGAAUCUGACUCCGGCGGUGGCAUCUUCGGCUCUACUAGCUCGCCCAUGGUAGGCAGUGCCACCACCAGCAGCCCAAUGAUGUCCUCCUCAGCAACAAGCUUGUCCAGCAUGUCGUCAAGCAUGGUUAGCAGCAGCAGCAGACCAAUGAUGUCGUCCCUCUCGUCCUUGGUUUCCUCGAUGACCCAAAGCGGUACCGGCUCUGAAGCCACUUCCACUAACACCUCAGCUGCCGCUUCCUUGACAGUUGACUGGCCUCAGUCUUUGCUUGUUCAAGCGUCAGCGCUGGUGGCCCUUUUCGCCGCCAGCUUUGCCGUGUUGCUCGCUUAG